GCUGGAAAUACAUGUAUGAAUAUGAUCGGGUGUUGCGUUACUUAAAAUGGCAGACAGUACGAAGGAUCCAAAUUCUGUUUCUAAUAUAUCUGGUAUCAUAACCAAACACAUUUCAAUUGAAUGGAAUGUCAAUUUCAAAGAGAAAGUGUUCACUGGGGAUGUGAAGCUGACAUUAGAAACAUUGCAAGACGGAGUUGCAAAUCUGAUUCUGGAUACAAGUUGCAGCUUAUGUAUAUCAGAUGUCAGUGAUGAUGCAACAGGAGAAAAACUGACAUUUGAAGUGAAGGAACCUUUGGGAGCUCUUGGGUCUCCCUUGAAUAUCAGACUACCAUCUUCUGCUCAGUCAAAGGGCUCAAAGUUAUGCAUCAAGAUAAGCUACAAGACAUCCUCAUCAGCCUCUGCCAUUGGUUGGUUAGAACCGUCACAGACAGCUGGCAAGCAAUUCCCAUAUCUUUACAGCCAGUGCCAAGCCAUCCAUGCUCGUAGUAUCCUUCCUUGUCAGGACAGCCCUUCAGUGAAAGCAACUUAUGAAGCCAAGGUGACUGUUCCAUGCGAUCUUGUUUGUUUGAUGAGUGCGGUGAGGACAGGUGAAGAGCCAUGUGCAAUAGAUAAUUCUCUUAAGACUUAUACCUUCAGACAGACUGUCCCAAUGCCUAGCUAUCUGAUAGCAAUUGUUGUUGGUGCAUUAGAAAGCAGACAAAUAGGGCCAAGGUCUAGAGUUUGGUCAGAGAAAGAAUUUGUCGAUAGAGCAGCAUUUGAAUUUAGUGAGACUGAACACAUGCUAGCUACAGCUGAAUCUUUGCUUGGUCCUUAUGUGUGGGGUCAGUAUGAUCUUCUUAUCUUACCCCCAUCCUUUCCAUAUGGAGGUAUGGAGAACCCUUGUCUCACUUUUGUCACACCUACCCUUCUGGCAGGAGAUCGCUCCUUAGCUAAUGUUGUAGCUCAUGAAAUCAGCCAUAGUUGGACCGGUAAUCUGGUAACAAACUGCAGCUGGGAACACUUUUGGUUGAAUGAAGGAUUUACUGUCUUUGUAGAGAGGAAGAUUCUUGGACGAAUGAACAGUGAGAAACAUCGUCAGUUUGCAUUCAUCGGAGGCUGGAAGGAGCUCUACAAUUCAGUUUCAAAAUAUGGUCAAGAGCACAAGUUCACACAGUUGCUUCCACCUCUGGAGGGUGGUAUUGAUCCAGAUGAUGCAUUCUCGAGUGUUCCUUAUGAGAAGGGAUCAUGUUUCUUAUUUUAUCUUGAAACUCUGGUUGGAAUAAAUGAGUUUGAGGGAUAUUUGAAAGCCUACAUUGAUAAAUUCAAGUACAGAAGUCUUACUACUCAAGAUUGGAAGGAUUUUUUUCUUGAAUACUUCCAUGAAAAGGCAGCAGCUGGUGUAUUUGAUUGCAUAGAAUGGGAUAAGUGGUUCUUUUCACCUGGUAUGCCACCUAUUAAACCAAAAUAUGAUACUUGUCUGGUGGAUCAUUGUACAGAGCUGUGUGAAAAAUGGAGUCAGGUUGGUGAAAGUAACUUUGAGAAGUCGUCUGGUGACCUUGAGUCAAUGUCUCCAUCUCAGAAAAUAGAGUUUCUGGCACAGUUGUUGCUGAAGAAGCCAUUAAACUGCAAUCUUAUCCAAGAAAUGCAAGGAAUUUAUGACAUGGACAAGUACACCAAUGCUGAAAUUCGUUUCAGGUGGUUGAGAUUGAGAAUAAAGGCUGGUGAUGAGUCUGCUAUUGAUAGUGCUCUUAAGAUGGCAACAGAGGCUGGUCGCAUGAAGUUCACCCGUGUCCUGUUCAGGGACUUGUAUGCAUUCCCAUCUGCACGUCAAAAGGCAAUAGAUACAUUCCUGGCAGAAAGACAUAACAUGCAUCCGAUUACUGCAAAAACUGUUGCCAAGGAUCUGGAGCUAGAAUGAUUGCCAUUAUAUUUGAGCUUCCAUAGUUAACAUAAAUCUCUCUCUUUAUUUUACUCAUAAAUCUAUUUCUGUCAUUGAAUUCAGAUGAAAUGUUAUAAUUUCACAGGAUUUGGAAUUAUUAUACUCAGGAUACUGAAGUUAUUUUCAUGUUAUCAUACAUGUGUACAUGUUUAUGGACUGGAAUGUUUGGAUUUACCAAAGUCUUUAUUGUUUAUAAGUAAUAUUCAUUACUAGAACUCUUGAAAUGCAGUUUGCUUUGAUUGUGUGAAAGCAUUUAUAAGUUUCUGAAAUGUCGUUGCAACUGCUCCAUUUGUACUUAGUGUCAUUAGUUGGGAUAAUGUAAUGCUUGGAAGAGGAGUUAUUUCUUUUUAAAAUCAGCAAUGACUAUUAUUAAUCUCUUUUUUCUCACUUACAAAUCUGCAAUAGCUUUUUAGCCAUUUUGUGAAAUACCACUUGGUCCAAUUCCAAAAUAGUCUACCAACACAACAAU